ACAUUUGAGCAUCCUUUUCAUAAAGCGCUACCAGCAUAGCUGUUUCUUUGUUUCAAUGCCUUGUGUGCCGUUUCUUUGUUUUUGUUUACGUUUGCGUUUUUCGUGCGAGUGUGUGCGUCCCAGAGAAAAGCAAAACACUGAGGGGGAAUAUACAUUCCUCCACGCAUAAACACAUCACGCCACCGCGGGAGGGUGAAAGAGAUAAACGUAGCUAUCCUUACAGCAUCAAUGGUUGGUUGGUACACGCCACUGCUCCUUUGAUGCUGACGUCAUGGCGCAUGUCCCAGUUUCAAGGAUACACCAGCGGUGCGGUCUUUGACCCCUCUCCUUCCACACACGCCGAACUGCGUUUCGGCGUUGUGGCGGUUGUGGCACGCUUUACCCCUGCCCAAGGAACGCGUGUGUGUCCUUGGGCUUGGUUUUUUGGGCGAGUGAGCCAGUAUGCCAUCAGCUCCUUAGCUUUCGCUCUGCCGUGCAAUGGAAAAUCUGGAUAGCACAAGGGAGUGCUAUUUUUGUUGGGCUCUGUUUCCGUUUUCCGGGUGGGUUAUUACACUGACUGUAUCGUAGCAGAAACUGUUGUGGCGUAACUGCGUUUGUAAAAUAUUCUAAACGGCGUCGUAUCUUAUCUGGAAUGAGAAAAGGAAUUCUUUAGGGUAAAUUGCGUAACAGCGUGCUAUUUACGUGCAGCGCAGUGCCAUUGCCUGUGUACGAUGUGAGGCGUUGUUUUGGUCAUGCUUCCGUCACGUGAUAUUGGUGACUCUAGCGGCUAGAAUUGUUCUUACGCGUAGGGGAACUGUAAUAGUUAGAUUUAAGUGUAGUAUCUAGUUCUAUGAAAUCUAGCAACCGAUAAACUAUUCAAAAUAUACCUUACAGUGAUGUUCUUUGCAAAAACAGGAGUAGUUUAAAAGGAUGGUUAGAGAGCAGGAAACAUUAGAAGUAUAAAGAUGUUGAAGAUUAAUUGCAAAGAUUGAUCGUUUUUCGAAAUGUGUCUCUUUGACUCAGGGCGAGUCAUCGGCAAGUCACUUGCAAUUGUGACGUCUCCUUUAGCAAUGUUUUAAAGUUUAAUUUGCAUAUUAAUAACAAGGGGAUCAAUGCUACCAGAGGUUCCUACGCUGAAGGUUCUGAAUACAUUUAAUUAUAUGUCCCUAAAACGGUUGUGGGUUUUACACGAUUCAGUGAUAAGGAUUCAUUGCGAUUCAGUGGUAAGGAUUCAAUUCAUAGUUACUAUCGGUAUACUAAUCCUGCAUAUGUCCAAGAAUGAAGCAUUCAAAUGAUUUUCUUAUUCUAUUCCAUUAAGAUAUUGACAGUUCUUAUUGUAAUAAAUUUAGAUCAUCCUUGAGCAUUGGCAUCCAAACACGCGAAAUAAUUAUCACUAUUUGCUUUGUUGGGGUGUAAUAAUGCAGAAAUUAAAGGUAAUCUUCGUCAUAAUCUUUAUUUGUUACUGUUGUCGCCUUUUAUCACCCUAUAGUUUAGGAGCAAAUUCCCAGAAAGUCAAACAAAAGGCAAGAAUUCGCAGGAAAACAACAAGAAAAUAGCGCAGUUUGCACAUUCUACGAAUAGUUUAUUAGUUCCUACGAAAUGAGUAAGAAGUCACAUCUUCCCGCACAGAGCAAUUCACAUCACAACAUCACACUCAUCCCUUAUAUUUAUGGCUAGAAAACACACCGUGCAGCCAAUUUUGAUCGCUGGCCGAGAAAACAACCCUUCUGGCAGAUGGGAUGAUGUGCCAAGGUAGUGCCACAAAAAAAAGAAAAAGAAGAAAACAAAAAAAACUCAUCCAUUCCUCUUGUUGCGCUGACGUUUGUCCUUUUUGUUUCGCGAUAUACUACAUGUUUUUGAUUGGGUAGAAGGGAGAGAGCAAUGUUUGUCGUAUUGGAAAUCCCCUUAACCCAUAACCUACAUUCCGAGGUGUUCCGAGCACUCGAUGGUUUGAUGUUUCAUUCACAGCGAAAUUGCAAAAUGGAACGAAACCGUUACCGUAAUAUCGUUCGAUUUUGUAGUUUUGUGGUGCAAACGAAAAACAAAACAAAAAAUCGUACUUAAAAACACACUACAGCAGUGCUACCGUACACGAUUAGUCGCACAAAUCACUGUGUCACGACACACUUGCAUGGUGCAUCGACUGCGCUUCCUGGCCGUGCGAAAGCGAUCGCACUGCCACGAGUGUUGUGUGCACUUCACGGCAGUUGCAUUCGGGUGAAUGCUAUUUUUAGCACCACCAGGCGACACAUGGGUGCCCACUUCCGAGACUGCACACAGGCACAGGCGUGAAACACGCCGAGAGAGCACAGCAGGCCGAAAGACAUCACAGUUUGUGUGCUGGUUAUGAUGUUUUUUUGCUGCGCUGUUUGUUGAAGCGAACCCACGGCAAGCAUAUUUAUGCGCUCGGCUCAACCAGCCCUCGACGACCAAUAACGACAAACUUUCGCUGCUUCCUUUCCACACUCGAGAGACGGAACACGCGAGCCCACGGUAAACGUCGCCGUCGCCGUGGUCGUCGUCUACGGGCGCGAUGGUGGUGCAAAAGGGAAUGCCAGUUUCAAGGCCAGGGUUAGCCCCGGUGCUUCGGAGAGCAUGCGGAUGUGCGGCGGUUGUACAUCACACGCUGUACAACAGCAGCAAAAAGUGAAUCUCGCUGUAGAUGCUGCCGUGAUCGUGCCGCGAUCUUGGCAGCGAAAGUGCUCUGGCUCGGUGAAGUGAAAACGAAACGCCAAGCCUGCCGGUUUUGCAACAUGGAACCGGCCAAGACGGUAGACGAAGUGGUUUAUGCCGACUAUGCGUCAUCGGGCCGUUCGCUGCAGUUUUUAGAAGAUUACAUAAACAAAGAAGUGUUACCGGCGUUUGGUGAUAUCAGCUGCAUAUCGGCCGUCACGGGAUUGCAGUCACAGUUAUAUGACAAUGAAGCACGGGACCUGGUGCGUGCCGCAGUCGGUGCCAAUGGAGACGAUGAGAUCAUUUUCUGUGAUAAUCCCGCCGAACGUUUGUGCUACCUGCUGUCCAACCCGAACGUGUGCGACCUCAGCCAGUCUCAGUUCAACAACAACUCUCACAGUGCCAUCAGUGCCAACGUAUCGCUCAGCGCGCUGCACCAACAGUCGCUCCAGCUCGGCACUUCCAUCCGGCACAACAGCUUCUCCAACACGUCCGCCCUCUCGGACAGCGUGGUCGACAUUACUCAGCUCCCGUCGGCGGCCCCGCCAAUCCUGUUCGUGAGCACCUCGGAACCGGUAUCCAACCUGCGCUCGUGGAUCGAUGCCGGCUGGCAGAUCGAGCGGAUACUGAAAAAUCACGAAGGCUUCCUGGACCUGGUCGACCUGGAGAAGCGCCUGCAGCACUUCUCCGAGGCGCGGCGCAAGAUGGUCGGCCUGUUCUCCGGUGCGUCCCGGCUCACCGGCAUCCUGGCGGACGACGUGGCCACCACGAUUCUGCUGCACCAGUACGAUGCGCUCUCCAUCUGGGACCACUCAAUGGCCGCGUCCUGUGCACCGAUCUGCACCAACCCGAUCCUACCCGGAGCCCAGAAGGACGCCAUCUUUUUCCACUGCAACCGGCUGGUCGGUGGUGUGCAGGCGCCGGGCGUACUAGUCAUUAAGCGUAGACUAAUCGAACACAGUACCUCCUUUAUGACCGACUCGGUCGGGGUCGUCGGUGCCGUCCGGGCCGGGCUCGUGCUGCAGCUGAAGGAGUCGCUCGGAUCGCAGGCGAUCAUGGGCCGGAUGGAGAAGACGUGCAAGCAGAUGCUGGCCCACGUGCGCACCAUUCCGGAGAUAGUGCUGCUCGGGCCACCGUGCACCACGGCCAAGCGGCUCACGACGCUCUGCUUCAUGGUGCGCCAUCCGCGCGGUGCCUUCCUGCACCACCGGUUCGUGGUGGCGGUGCUGAACGAUGUGUUCGGCAUACAGGCGACGGCCGACAACAUGAUGAGCGACUCGCUCGGCAUCAACCCGCAGCUGAUGGUGGAGUACGAGAAGCUGCUGCACGACGAGUCGCUCAAGGCGGGCUGUCUGCAUCCCGGCUACACGCGCAUCACCUUCCCGUUCUUCAUGCCGGAGGCGGAGGUCGCGUUCAUACUGGAGGCGCUCAAGAUGGUCGCGACCGAGGCGUGGAAGCUGCUACCUCAGUACGAGGUGGACGCACGGUCCGGCGAAUGGCGGCACCACUCGAACUCGCUGGCCAAGGAACGCAAAUGGCUGGGCGCGAUCCGCUACAUCGAUGGCAAAAUGCUGUUCUCCGAUCGGCGCAUCUCCGGCCCGGGCACGUUCCCGCAGAACUACUCCGACUGCCUGCAGACGGCGCGGAAUCUGUUCAACCGGGCGCGCAAAAUGGCCCAGCGGUCCACGACGGAUGAGAUCGUGCUGAAGUUGUCGCACGCGGCGAUGGAGCAUCUACGCUGGUACAUGCUGUCGGGCGAGGCUCACGAGCUGCUGCUGGGCCAUUCACACAGUGUCAAAAAUUGCGUACCGUUCGAUCCUACCAGAAUACCUGAAAACUCGUCGCUGAUGUUGAUCCAUCGACACCACAGCCUGUCGGCGCUGGACAUUAAGCGAUUCAAGAGCCGUAGUUUACCGGCCUCGCCGCUGCAGAUAUCGAACCGCCGGCAGAACUCCUCAUCCUCAUCCCCGUACCAAUCGCACAGCCCCACACCGACCUCGUCGCCGCCGAUGGUAAGAUUCUCGGUCGGCGGUGAGGUGACGCCCAUGCUGAACGUCACCUCGUUGGCAUCCGGGCACGUGAGCAGCACUUCCGCCGCCGGUAUCACCGUCGGUCCCGGUGGACCAAUUGGGCGUGACAUGAACGUGAGCCGAAACAGAUGUCACAGCUGGGGAGCCGCCAGCUAUCGUACACACAUCGGCGGCACCGGCCUUACUGCACGGGAUGUGGACGUAAGCGAAGCACAGAGCACCGAUACCCAUGACUUCAGCGAUGGCAGUUCGGUCACCACGCUGCAGGCACUGGGGCCACAUACGCGCGCCAGCCUGGGGCUAGAACCGCACCAUCACCAAGCGCGAUCGUACCAAACGCAACAGUCAAUGCCGGCGGCUCCGUCCCAGCAGCAGCAACAGCAGCGCCCCCAGCUACGCCGUCCCCUGUCCAUGAUGGGGACAGGCGGUGCCAGCGCACCGAUACCGAUACUGCCCCCGUCCGGUCGGCUCCCCAAACAGCGGUCCUGCUCGUGCAGCAGCCAGACGGACGCCGUUAGCCUGACGCAGCGCAACGAUAGCCCACCGCAUCCGGGGACAGCGUCGCCGACACCGAGCCUUCCGAAUCUGCGCUCGCUCAUGGGAAGUAGCUGCAGCGAAAGCACGGAAGACAUUCAGGCGUACGUGAAGGAGAUGACGAAGGAGCUGGCCACCGAGAUCAAGUCCGAGAUACGGGAGGUCAUUAGCAAGGUGGAGGAUGUGCUCGAAAGCACCGACAGCAUCGAGAUGAGCAGCUUGGUCAACUUCAACUCCCUCGGACCGCAGAGCCAUCCUGCACCGGCGGACAGCAAGCGCGAUUCCAUCUGCACCAGCGACGUGGUGGACUAUCUGCGCGAGUUCAGCAAGGAGAUGACGAACGAGGUGAAGUCCGAGAUACGGGACGUCGUGAAUGCGGUCGAUGGGAUUAUCUCGCCCGAAGGAUUUCUCGGUGCGCGCAAAAACUCACCCCCGGACAUAGUGCGCAGCAGCAACGGUGGCACAGCAGCAGCAGCAGCAGGUGGAACGUCCAACGCAGCCAGUGUCGGCGGAGCGGCACCACACAAACUCUUGAUCAAACAACGGUACAGCGAUAUUACGCCGGACGCCAAACUCCAUCGGCCCCGGUCGGCCGACCACGACAACAGCAAGCACCGGUCGGAAUCGUUCCCGCGGCCCAGUUCGGCCGCCAGCCCGGACUACAUGAUGGGACCGUUGCACGGUGCGGCCGGACCGAUCGCCGCCUGCAAGAGUUUCGAUCCACGGUCCACCAUGUCGUCGCAGGACUCCGGCAUCAAUAUGAACUUUUGCGACGCGCCGGACGAUAGUGCCGGGGGACGGGUACGGGCGACGGGCCGGACGGUUGGCCACGACAGUAGAAUACGCACCGUCUCCGCCGAUGUGGACAACACGACACACAAGCCAGCAAUUCCACCGCGACGGCUCAUAUCGGAACCGUCCGGUGGAUCGAUCGUUGAAACCUCUCCCAAUACGGACACGGCCAGUCCAAACGAUCGACAUCCGCCCGGUCCGGCCGAUGCUACUACGGGCAAAAGUCCCCUAACCCGCCAGCAGCACGUCCUCAACCGUACACCUUCGGGGGAGACCGUCGUCGGGCACGUGACGCCUGGGACGACCGGUGGCGUCCAGUGGCACCAGAUGCCGAAGGAAGUCUGGAAGCAGGCAGCCGAGGCACUGGACGAGUAUCGAAUGCUGCAGGAGGGCGAUCGCGUCCUGGUGUGCCUGUCGGGCAGUAGCUCCACCCUCUGCCUGCUGCAUCUGUUGCGUCAGUUUUGUCAAACCCGCCGGCUGAAGGUGCAGCUGGCCGCCGUCACCGUUGGCAGCGCGGACAGUGGAGUGGAUCCGCGCGCGCUAAUGUUGUACCUGAAGGAGCUCGAUGUGCCGUACUUUUAUGAGCCGCUAGCUUCACACGAAUCACUUACCGAUCAGCUGAUGCACCACGCUCGCCACCGGCAGUACAACGUGCUCGCUAUGGCCAGCACACUCGACAAGCUGGCCGAUCGGUUCCUCACCUCGCUGCUCCACCGGGGUGAGCUGUGUGCGCUGCCGGCGGUGCAGCGCUCGGAGGAUGUGUCGAAAUCGCACCCGGAAGGAGCGGUGCGCAUCAUUCGGCCGCUGUUGUUUUUGCGCGAGAAAACGUUCGAACAGUUUGCGGCCGCCCACGGCCUACCGUGUCGAAGGACCACGGAACGCUCGGGCUCGAACACUGGCGACCGUUCGCUCGGCGAGCUGCUGCAGCAGCAAGAGCAGCUCAAUCCGCUCGUUUAUCAAAACAUUCGCAAUGCGCUACGGCCUAUCCUUUCGCUCCGAACCGAAGCAUCCAAGUCGGCGUACGAAAUGCUGCGAUCGUCCUUAAAUACGCGCGAGUAGUAGUAAUAGUAGCAGUAAUAGUAGUAGAUGCGCACCGUGAUGGGCGAGCUUGUAAAUAAGUAGGAAGAGAACAGGGAAUAUCACUAAUUUAUGCAGGACCAAGUCACUGUUAUGUUACAAUUGUAUGUGUAAUGUGCGAAAUAAAAACAGACAACCAGACUACUCGAACAAGAAA